AUGUCGUCCAAAUCCCAAUUGACCUACGGCGCUCGCGCCCAGUCCCACCCCAAUCCCCUUGCGCGCAAGCUCUUCCAAGUCGCGGAAGAGAAGAAGAGCAACGUGACAGUCUCUGCGGACGUCACCACUACCCAAGAACUUCUGGAUCUCGCCGACCGCCUCGGUCCCUACAUCGCAGUGAUCAAAACCCACAUCGACAUCCUCCCCGACUUCAGCCAGGCGACAAUCGACGGGCUGAACGCCCUAGCCAAGAAACACAACUUCCUUAUCUUCGAAGACCGCAAAUUCAUCGACAUCGGCAACACAGUCCAAAAACAAUACCACAACGGCACCCUCCGCAUCUCCGAAUGGGCCCACAUAAUCAACUGCUCCGUGCUGCCCGGUGAGGGCAUCGUUGAGGCUCUGGCGCAAACCGCGCAGGCCUCCGACUUCCCCUACGGCUCCGAGCGCGGCCUCCUCAUCCUCGCCGAGAUGACCUCAAAGGGCUCCCUCGCGACAGGCGCCUACACCUCCGCCUCCGUCGACAUCGCCCGUCGCUACCCCAGUUUUGUCCUGGGCUUUGUCUCCACCCGCUCGCUGGGGGAGGUUGAGGCUACGGAGGCGCCUGCGGAAGGCGAGGACUUCGUCGUCUUCACUACUGGUGUCAAUCUCUCGUCCAAGGGUGAUAAGCUCGGUCAGCAGUAUCAGACACCGCAGUCAGCUGUGGGGCGCGGCGCGGACUUCAUUAUCUCGGGUCGUGGUAUCUAUGCCGCGGCGGAUCCGGUUGAGGCUGCCAAGCAGUACCAGCAGCAGGGGUGGGAGGCGUACUUGGCUCGCGUGGGCGCACAAUAG